GCAAUGAUUCGAAGUAAUACGGGUGACUCUUAUUGGUUAUGUCCGAUUCCACGAGGGGUCGCAUGCAAAAGCUUUACCAAACCGUUUAUUCUUUCUUUGCUUUCGGGAGUGGAAAUUGUUUGUUCCAUAAUCUAAUAAGGAGGCGGUAAAAUGGCUGGUGGCAAGGCAGGUAAAGACAGUGGCAAAGCCAAGGCAAAAGCAGUGUCACGCUCUCAGAGGGCUGGACUUCAGUUCCCGGUGGGUCGUAUCCACAGACACUUGAAGACUCGUACAACCAGCCAUGGCCGUGUAGGAGCCACAGCAGCUGUGUACAGUGCUGCUAUUCUUGAGUACCUUACCGCUGAAGUACUGGAGUUGGCGGGCAAUGCCUCUAAAGACUUGAAGGUGAAACGGAUCACUCCCCGUCAUUUGCAGUUGGCUAUCCGAGGUGAUGAAGAGUUGGACUCUCUCAUCAAGGCCACAAUUGCUGGAGGAGGUGUGAUACCUCACAUCCACAAAUCCCUCAUUGGGAAGAAGGGCCAGCAGAAGACUGUGUAGGUGCCAUGUUGACCAGAACUGUUUGGGUUUGGGCUUGAAUCGGACCAGGAGUUCACUUUUUUUUUCUUUUACUUUUUUAUAUAUAUAUAUGUAUAAUUUUAGCAAAGUGGGUUGUUUCGACUUUUUGUUGACGUAUUUUCCCAUAACUAGUAUAUAAAACCCCUAAUGAAAGAAAAUGUUCUGUUGUUGAACCUGAAUUUGUUUGAUUGGCCUGGUAUUGUUUGAUAUUUUAUACUGAGAAAAGAAAUUGUUAAAACAAUUGUUUUUAAUAUAUAUAAAAAAUUGUUUUGUGGUUAUUUCCUUGAAGUUACAAUCUUGUACAACUUUUUAAAGAGAUGACUUUUGGAUAGCAAAUUACUUAAUGUAAAUGUCAGAUGGUGCUUUUUUCCCCUCUGGACUUACUGUAAUAUUUUGAACUGCACAAAAAGUGUAUUAAAAUUUGACUUUUUACAUCAAAAUAUAAAUGCCUUUUUUUCCC